GCGGAUGUCUUACUUGGACUUUUCGCAGCCAACCAACAUGUGAGCCGAAUUGUUUGAGGCUGUGUUAAAAACUGCAAAAUGGCUCCUGUUUGUUUCCAGUUUGCUUCACACAAUGUCAGGUGCGACCACUCUCUUGCAUCGCUCCCCUUUUCCCUUCUCUCCCAAACCUCAUAGGUCUCUCAAACCCAUCUCUAUUCCCGCAUUUUCCACCUCAAAUUUGGCUUUCUCUGGUGGAUUUUCCUCCGAGAAAUUUGUGUUCCGGAAAAACAGAGUCGGAGGUCCACUUACCAUGACUGAGUUGGUUAGAACUUCUGCCUUCAGGGACGGUAAUGACGAUGAAGGUGCUACGAUGAUUGAAGAAGAGGCUUUCAUCACUGGGUCAUCAGAGUUUCCCGCGGAUAUUGUGGCUGGUGGGCUUGAAGCCACUCUCAAUCGUCUGAGCAAGUGGCUCGUUGCUGCUCUUUUUGGUAUUGUCAUUCUUUGGAGGCAUGAUGCGGAGUCCUUGUGGGCUGCUAUGGGUUCUGUCUUAAAUACUGUGCUCUCUGUUACACUAAAACAGAUACUAAAUCAGGAGCGACCCGUUUCUGCUUUAAGAUCUGGUCCAGGGAUGCCGUCUUCACAUGCGCAAUCCAUCUUCUUCACUGUUGUGUUUACCAUUCUAUCUGUGGUGGAAUGGCUGGGGAUAAAUGGACUAACGUUGACAAUCAGUGGGCUUGCCCUGGCACUUGGAUCAUAUCUUUCAUGGCUACGAGUUUCACAACAAUUUCACACAAUUAGCCAAGUGCUCGUGGGUUCUGCAGUGGGUUCCGUUUUCUGCAUUUUAUGGCUUUGGUCAUGGGAAGCUUUUGUUCUGAACGCAUAUACCUCCUAUUUGUGGGUUCGAGUUCUUGUUAUUGUUGGAGCCGUGGGAUUUUGUCUGGGAUUUGUUUUACAUGUGAUUAAGCAUUGGCUUCUAGAGGAAUGAUGAUCCAAAAUAUGUUAAAAAGAUUGUAAGCUGACAUGUGAUUCUUUUGUUCUAUAGACCACAGAAUCCCAAUGUCUAUAAGAGAUGGACAAAAAUUUUAUGGCAUGAAAUGGAAUAAUCAUGGAAAAUCUUCAUUUUUUGUAAA